AUGGCAACAUCAGUUGUUAAUUUUGACGAUGAUAAAUGUGUUUCAAAAACGCAUUUACGUUAUUUUGAUAUUGGUCAUGUUUCUCUUCAACAUUUAUUACCAAUUGAUGGCUAUCAAAAUUUCCCAUUACUACAAUUAGAAGAUGCUGUUGAAUCUGUUCAACUUUUAAUUAAUGAUAUUAAAACAAAAGCUUUAAUUGCAAAAAAGAAUUGUCAACAACCUAAAGGUAAUCUUACUUCCAAUGAAUCAGCAGCCAUACAAUUAUAUACAAUGGAAUGGUAUCCACGUGACCAAUGUCUCUAUGUUAUGCUUAAUAAAACACUACGUUCGAAAGAACGUGAUCAAUUGAAGCCUUGGUUUCCAUAUUUAAAAUUAUUAAUGACUGCACUAUGGAAAAUACCAUCUAUUCAAUGUACAGUUUGGCGUGGUAUACAUGGUUCGAAUUUAAGUGAUGAAUAUGACGAAGGACAAUGUUAUACUUGGUGGAAUGUAAGUUCGUGUACGGAUUCACUGACUUUAAUGAAAUCACCAACUUUCUUGGGUGAUAAAGGUUUACGAACACUGUUCAAUAUUGAAUGUAAACAAGGAAAAGCAAUUCAAACACAUUCGUAUUUCAAGGAAGAAAGUGAAGUUUUAUUAAUGCCGGGAUUUUAUUUUAAAGUUACUGGUAAAUUUCAAUCUGGAGAUGGUUUAAAUAUUAUUCAAUUAUGUGAAACAGCCCCUGAUUAUGAACUCAUUAAACCCCCUUUUCCUAACCAAACACCGCUAACAUUGCCAUCGAUGGUUCAAUCACAACUUCAUUCAACAAUUCACACAACUACAACAGAAACUACCAUACCAAUCACAUCAGUUCGUAAACAAAGUACACCAAGGUCAGCGAAAAUAUUACCUAAUGGUACAUCCCCAACAAAUUCCAUUAAAUCAUCAUAUUCAUUAGAUGAAUCAACAACAUCAUUGACUGACGAAAAGCAGACUAAGCACGAAUUGAGUUUAUUAAAAUCUAAACAAAGUCCGUUAACUGAGUUAACAAUAACAACAACAGCAGAAAAUAAACAAUGUCCACCAAAACCAACAAAUACGAAAAAAAAAGAAAUAAUAUCAACAGUAACAACGAAGAAAAACGAUUUUCCAUUAAUAAAAACUGUUAAAAAUGUGUCAGAUCCAAUAUCAAAGAAAGUAGAAGAAAUACAUCAAAAUUUACAUGAUCCUAUUCUUGAUUUAGUUAAAAUAUCGUUAACUAACGAAGAAUUAAAAUUAAUUACUAAUACUUUACUGUACAAUACAACUAGAAUAAAAGUGGAUUUAACACAAACAAAACUAAAAGGCUACGAUAUUUCCUUAAUUACUGAAUUGUUAACAACUAAUCAGACAAUAACUGAACUUAAUUUAUCACGUAAUAGUAUUGAAGAUAAUGGUUCAAUUGAAAUAAGUAACAUUUUAAAAUUCAGCAAAUAUUUAAAAAUUUUAAAUAUUGGCUCUAACCAAAUAUCACAACAAGGAAUUUUAAAAAUUGCUGAUACAUUGACAACAAAUAAAAUAUUAAAUUCUCUUAAUAUUGAAAGUAAUCCAAUUGGUAAUUUGGGAAUAAAAUAUAUUUGUCAUACAUUAUCAUCAAAUCAACAUCUAACUACACUUAAUAUAUGGAAAACUGAAAUAAAUAAUGAUGGUGCGGAAUUUAUAGCGAUUAUGCUGACUAAUAAUCAAACUUUAACAUAUCUCCAAAUGGGUUGUAAUAAAAUUGAUGAUAAAGGUAUAAAAUUAGUUGCUAAUGCAUUAAAAAAAAAUAAAAUAUUAACAAAUUUAUUAAUUGGAUAUUGUGAAAUUGGUAUAAAGGGUGCAAAAUAUUUAGCUGAAAUAUUUCAAACAAAUUCAACAUUAAUGGUACUUGAUUUAUGUCAUAAUCAAAUUAUGGAUGAUGGUGCUAUUGCAAUCAUUGAUGCAUUAAAUUUAAAUGAUUAUAGUUAUAUGGAACUUGAUAUAACACGCAAUGAUAUAUCAAAUGAAUGUUUAAUGUUAAUGGAACAAUUCAUGACUACAGAAAACCAUAUAAUCAUAAAUUAUAAAAAUCAGAACUAA